UUUAUAUAAUAAAGAGAAAAAAAUUGUUCAAAGUGAGGGUUGGUGGCAAGGAACGUGCGAGCGCGCGAGAGCGGCGGAGUGGCAGCUGAGGGCAGCGUGGAGGAGUGGCGACAGUCACGGCUGCGUCAGCGCCACGUGUAGGAGUAUUGUGUCGCCGCUCUCUACCUCGCACCUGUCACUGGUCGUGACGCCCUAUACACUCCACAUGCAUAUCAACGGGGAGGUCGGGGUAGAGGGCGAGGAGGGUGUUGACAUCAUCACCCCGUUCCUAACGCCCCAGCACCUUGCUACCACCCCUGCGCAGUCCUACUUCAGUGUGCUCAACUCUCAGGAGUCGGUGGACCUGUACCACGAUGCCUAUGCCAGCCUCCAGCACCCGCUCUACAGCCACCAUGCUAAGGCAGAGAGACGCCGGCACGCCAGUGUGGGUGCCACUAGAGAAAAUGGCUCUGCUGUUGAAAUGAGUUUGGUGGACUCCAAAAAAACGAAUGGUGUGUUGCCUCUUUUGACAGUAAGUGGUAGGGCUCGUCAUGCAAGCUGUAACACUUCCUCUCCUGCUACCCACACAAAUCUUCGAAACUCGUACAGCCACCCAUACCAUAUAGGACGCCUCUCGCUCUCUACAAACUCGUUAAAGAAGAAAAUGGAUAAAGAUCAUCACUCGAGGAAAAUGGGAUCGUUACAGAAAAUAGUAGGAAGGGGUAACUGGGACCCGAACUAUGUGCCGUUUGUGGAAGUGGAGGUGUCAGAAAGUGAUCCUGAGGCAAGGGUGCCGGAGACAUCUUUAACACCAGGCAUUAGGGCCCCACACCUAGACAAAUCCAGCAACAGUGAUACUGCCACCUGGAAGAGGAACUAUGUGCAGUGUGUAGAGGCAGACCGCCUUUUGGGAAGGAUUGACGAAGGCGAUGUUCCACACUUGCAGCAGGAAAUCCAGCUUCGGCCAGAACACAUUGAGUCCUACAAGGACACCACUGUUCAAAUGUACACCUUUGGCCCUGUUGAUCAUCGACAGGUGGGCUUUCAGCGGGUGCGGCAAGAGUUUAAGUUGGAGAACAUCCGCCUCCACCAUAGUGUGCCUCACUUAUUUGUCUCCUCACAGUGGCAGCAACUCCACCGCAUGUCAUGCCUUUAUCUCGGAUACCGCAUAUUCUGGGCUCUGUACUUCAGUAUGUGGGCCAUUUGGGCCUGGGUAGGAUCCAUGGGAUACGACGCAGAUAUUUCCAUGAAAGGCUACUUCAUGCUCUACAUGACCAACUGGGGCAUUUGGUUGCUUGCCAUAGACACGACUAUUCAAGCCAUAAACGUUUUUCUCCAUUUAAAGAAGAUUUCCGAGGAUGGUGAUGCAACAUAUCCUUCAAUGACACCUCUGAUGAAAGUGUCGUGGAUUCUCUCCAAUGUCACGGGAGCACUUCACAUCUUCAUCACCUCGGCCUAUUGGAUCACUGUUUAUCCUAAUAGGAGUGGUGAGUCCCAGACAUCAAAAAAUCUCCCAGAUGAGGAGCUGACUGAGAUAGGCGUGAAUACCCACAUUAUUCCUGGCCUGUACAUCUUGUUGGACGCUGCCGUGGCGGCAACUCCUCGGCGUCUCCUUCAUGCCUACCAACCCUCCAUGUUCAUUAUCAUUUAUACAUUGUUCAACCUAAUAUACUACCUCUGUGGAGGCCAGGAUUACAUUGGGCGUGUUGCACUGUACCCAACAUUAGACUGGACACGUCCUGGAAGUACAAUUGGAAUUAUGUCUGCCGUGAUUCUAGGAGUCAUGCCUUUCCUUCAUGCUCUUCUUUGUGCUCUUUAUGCUGCAAGAGUCAAAGUUUGGCAAAUUCUAAAAAUAUCCAGAUAUAUUCGAGAAGAGGAUGAAACAGACCAGGUUGAAGGAGGAGCAGAGGAACAAAAAGUAUAGACCCAAGAAAGUGUAGCUACUGCCUUACAAUUUGAGAAGCUAAUUUUAGUACCCAUGCUUCGGUGCUACCACAUCUCUUCAACCUCAAGAAUGUAGCACUCGGCGUAUUCAGUUCUAAUCGAACCCAAGAUGCUCCAGCUCCGACACAUCGCAGACAGCAGACUACGACUACAUUGAGCUGUACCACUCUCUCAGCCUCAUCGAGUUUAGACACUCGCCAUCUCAUCGAAUUUGGAUACUCGCCAUCCUGUAUCGAGCCGCCACGUUCUCCCGCAUCGAGCUCUGCGACUCCUGCCUUACUCGGCUCUCUACUCUGCUUUAAAUUUCGUCUCAACGUCUACGACACUGCCAACAACCAACUGCUGUAACCAAGACUAUUAAAUAUUUAUGAAACCCACUAAA